ACGCACUCGCGAGCCCGCUGGCAUUUAAUGUGUCCAAUGUGGGCGGUACCGCUUAACAGCAGAUGAGCCUCCAGUCCCUUUGCUUUCUGUUCUAUAAAAAAAAAUUAAGCAUGUGUCUGAUCAGCCAUGUUAUUUCACGGGGUUUCUCCCUUGUAAAGUUAUCAUCAACAUUAAAAAAAUUAUAGGCAAAGGUAGAGUACUUUAAAUGUCUUUAGUCUGUGCAGAGUAGUGUGUAGACUGUCCAGUGUCUACACUACACUGUAGUCUGUACACUGAAAAUAAUGUAUAACAAUAAUACCAUUUCAUUAUUUCAGAUUCGUUAGUUUAAUUUCGUACGAUAGUCUGUUGACCUAUUUUUUGGGCAUUAGUUAAAAACUUUACACAGAAAAAUAUGGAUUUUGAUAAAGAACUUUUGAUGGAGCUGUUUCUGGAUGAUAAUGUCUCAAACAUAAAUAGAUUGAUCGUAGCUGCUGCCAAUGUUAUUAAUGAAAAUAACGAAAAUAUUUCUAGUAUAAAUGAAAUAAUUAUGAAAGAAGAUGCUAAUAAAAUAAUUAGGACUGAAACCAAAGAAUUUGUUAGGCGUUCUCUUUCUUAUAGCAGUAAAAACUUUUAUGAAGAUAUUGUAGUAAAGUAUACUGAUGAAGAUUAUGCUGAAAAAUUUAAGAUGAAAAAGACUACUAUACAGGCCCUAAUAAAUCACCUUCGUGAAUAUAUAAAACCUUGUUCAUCAGUUAUACCAUUGGACAAGAAAGUUCACAUAUUUUUAUGGCUUCUCACAUCUGAUUCUUCAUAUAGUGAUGUUGCUGAAUUAUUUGGCAUGCACAAAUCAUCUGUAAGCUAUAUAUUUCAUGAACUUGCCACAUUGCUAUCUGAACAAAAAUACCAUUUUAUUAAUUGGCCAUCUUUGGAAGAACAGCAUGUCACUAGGAUCAAAGUAAAUAGUAGAUUUGGCUUUCCUAAUUGUGUUGGCUUCAUAGAUGCCUGUCGCUUACGAGUCAGGUCAAAAAGUAAUCAGAAGGGCAAACCAGAAAUCAUACUUUUACAAGCAGUAUGUGAUGAGACACUAAUGUUUUUUGAUAUCCAUAUAGGACAGUUAGGAAAUACACAUAAGAACAGGGUAUAUAGAGAAAGCCAGUUGGCUCAUGAAAUGAAAAAUUUUAUUGAUUUUGAUAACCACAUAUUGGGAAAUUCAGAGUACAAGCUAAAAAAAAAUUUGAUUACUCCCUUUACAAGUGAUAUUCCAUUGACAAGUGAAGAAACAAAAUUCAAUGAAAUACACUGGAAAGCUAGCACAUAUAUUGGACAUGCCUUUGAGAUACUUAAGGAUAGAUUUAUGAAACUAAAUUCUAUUGACAUUAACAAGACAGAUGCCAUACAUACAUUGAUUUGUGCGGCAUGUGUAUUACAUAACUUUGUAUUAUUACAUGAAGGUAGUAACUACUUAAAGGAAGAGGCAGUAAUUAAUAAUGAUGGUGUAACUAUAGAUCCAAAUUUAGUUAAGACAGCUGCAGAAAAGCGUAAAUUUCUAUGUAGUUAUAUUAAUUACAUGGAUGGUGCAUAGUGUUUUAUUAUAUCUUAACCAUGACCAACUUCACAAACCAUCUGCAAAAAAAAUUUUGAAGGUGAAAUUACUGUUAUACUAUUAAUUUAAAAUUAAGUAUAAAUGUUAUAAUAUACUUUUAAUCUUAGUCACAACCUUCAAUAUUUUUUUUAAUUUCAGUUCUGUGUAAAAAUUGUAAGUCCAAUUUGUACAUUUUCAUAUUAA